UGUACUAGUAUAAUUUUUCUCCAUGUCUAAAGGGAGCGUAGAAGGAGGCAUAUGCUGCUGAAAAUAGGCGUUCUUUAACAGAACUUCUAUUCCCCUAGUCAACCUUGGCAGCACACCACCUCAGUCUCCCUCUCACUAUCUCUACAGAGACAAGAGAGUGAUUGAGAGACUCCUCUGCUUUUCUAGUUCCCCAAAUUCCAUUUCCAUUAUAAAUCUCGUCUCAUGCUUCAAAUUCAAAUCCCCACGCACACAAACAACUCCAAUUCCAGCGAAUAACUAACUAACUGUUAAGUGUUGGAGAAAAUUCCAAUGGAAUCAUCGAAUAGAAUGUCCAUUUCUUCAACCACCUUCAGUCUCUCUCUGAUGCAACUUCCCGCCAUAUCCAGGUUGAGAUCUUCCUUCCUCAAGAAGCUUCCGGAGCCUCUUCGUCGCGCCGUCGCUGAUUGCCUCUCCUCUCCCCUCACCUCCGCCCUCGAACCUUCCAGAACCCUUCGGGACUAUCUGGCAGACCCUGCAACCAGAGACUUGGCUUACAAUGCAAUUUUGGGACAUACUAUUGCAGAGAGGGAGCGAAGUCCUGCAGUAGUCUCAAGGUGUGUGACACUUUUCAAACGCUAUCUUCUAAGAUAUAAACCAAGUGAGGAGACUUUACUUCAGAUAGAUCAUUUUUGUUCAACCAUUAUUGCUGAAUGUGAUAUUAAUCUGAAUCGACCAUGGUCAAGAUCUUUGAAUCACCAAACUGGUGCUUUAGCAAUAUCCACAAAUACAUCUCCUUUGCCUGUAUCUAGUUUUACCUCUGAGGCAAUCCUGAAAUCACUGAGUUAUGUGCGUUCCCUUGUGGCUCAACACAUUCCGAAGCGGCAUUUCCAACCAGCUUCAUUUGCCGGACCACCUUCUGCGUUGGGACAAUCACUGCCAACAUUGUCAUCAUUGUUGAGUAAAUCCUUCAAUUCCCAACUAUGUCCAGCAAGUGUCACAGAAUCAGUGGAGAAGGAUCCAGUCACUUCAUCUAUUUCUAAGUUAUCAAAAAUUGAAAAAAUUGAUGAAAAAGACCAACUUGGGUUCAUUGCUCAUGAUAUUCUACAAUGGCGUUGGCUUGAGAAACAGCAGUCAUCAUCAAUGAAAGCUGACAGUGAUCAUGCUGUAAAUUCACAAGGCAUGAGAGCAUAUAAUUUCUUAGAAGUUGGUGCUGCAGCUCUACUUGAAGGAGACAUUGGAGCUAAGAUGAAGGGGCAACCAUGGAAAUAUUUUGGGACUGAUGACAUGCCUUAUCUGGAUCAACUAUUGCAGGCUUCUCCAGUAACAUCAUUUACUAAUUCUGCAUCUGCUUGUCCCCACCUGAGAGCAAUAACAGCAUCUAAACGCACAAAAGCAGGCCCUCGUCAAGUUUGGGAGGAUUCUCCUGUGAGUACAUUCCGUCCUCGAGCUCGACAACUCUUUCAGUAUCGAUAUUACAGUGAGCAACAACCUUUGCGAUUGAAUCCUGCUGAGGUAUGUGAAGUCUUUGCUGCUGUUUGCUCAGAGCCUUCCCCAAAUACCAAUGUUAUGAUGAUGUCAACUAGGCUAAGAAAUAACAGUGGAAAACCAUCAAUGGAUGUGGCUGUUAGCAUCCUUAUUAAACUUGUUAUUGACACGUAUAUUUUGGAUUAUCAGAUUGCUACUCCACUCACGCUUUCUUUGCUAGAGGAGAUGCUUAGUUCUUCUAAAACAGCUUGCAGGGUUCAAGCAUUUGAUUUAGUUCUAAAUUUUGGGGUUCAUGCUCAUCUCCUAGAGCCAAUCAUAGUGGAUGAUGCUUCCACAAUUGAAGAAGAAUAUUCUCAAGAAUCCUAUUAUGAUAGUGACACUCAACUUAUGGCCCAAGGGAGCAGAAAAGGAAAUUAUCCAAACAAAUUGGACACUUUCUCUGCAAUUAAUAAUUUCGAGUCUUGGGUUUUAAAUAUUUUGUAUGAGAUACUACUUCUUCUUGUGCAGACUGAAGAAAAGGAGGAAUCUGUCUGGGCAUCUGCACUCAGUUGUUUACUUUAUUUUGUCUGUGAUAAUGGAAAGAUCCACAGAAACCGAUUGCAAGUUCUUGACAUAAGGGUUAUCAAAGCACUUAUAGAAAUCAGCAGAAAGAAUUCCUGGGCAGAAUUAGUUCAUUGUAAGCUCAUUUCCAUGUUAGCUAACAUGUUGUAUGAGGUUCCUGAUGAAGUUGUUGAGCUCCUACCUAGCACACCAAAGUUUCUCGUGAAUCAACUUGAUCUGAUUGGAGGAGUUCAAUUUCUUUUACGCGAGUAUGCCCUUGUAAACUCAAGAGGGGAGAGGAAAAAUCUGCAUUCAGUGCUUUUUGACUAUGUUCUGCAUCAAAUUAAUGAAAAUUGCAUAGCUAAUGGAAUCAAUGAAUAUAGUGAUGAUGAGAUCCAACCCCUUGCAAGUCUACUUGCUCAAACAAAUGCAGCCGAGGCAUUUCAUAUUUCUGUUAAACUUGGGGUAGAAGGAAUUGGGGAGCUUUUGAGGAGAUCAAUUGCAUCUGCACUAUCGAGAUAUCCCAACAGUGAACGUCUAAAUAUGCUCUUGGAUUUUGUGACAGAGAAAUUUGAUUCACUAAUAAGUUCAUCCACUCAUUUGGAUGGAGAGUUCUCUCAUAUGAUUCAGAUAACCAAAAUUCACAAGUCUCUUGAAAAUGUGGAAAUUAUCGCUCUAAGAAAUGAUAUUAAUCUACAGGCAAAGCACUCAUGGGUCACUUUACAUUCCCUUCUUCAUUCUGAAAGAAUUGCUUACCGUCAGAAUGGUUAUAUCUGGUUAGGUGAUCUGCUUAUUUCUGAAAUCAGUGGGGAAAGCAAUGGUACCAUAUGGUCAAAUAUAGAAUUCUUCCAGCAGAAAUUUGCUCAAGUAGGAAAACAGGAUUCUUCAGAUAUGUCAGAUAUUCCUUUGCCCAUUUCACUUAUGUGUGGGCUUUUAAAAUCAAGGCAUAACUAUAUUAGAUGGGGAUUUUUAUUUGUUCUUGAAAGGCUGCUUAUGAGAUGCAAAUUUUUGUUAGAUGAAUAUGAAAUGCAACAAUCAAGGAGCAGUGAUCUUGGGAGUGGGCUGAAAGAUUGGCAUCUUGAGAAAGCCCAUGCAUUGAUUGACAUAAUGAGCAGUGCUUUGUUGUUUCAGAUAAAUGAAAAAGAUUGCACCAAUAAGUAUGAAACAGAUCGCAUCAAUAUUCUGAAAAUGUGUGACAUAUUAUUAUCCCAAUUAUGCCUAAGAGUUCCCCCUGCUACGGCCCUACCCAAUGGAGAUGAUAUGCAACAUGACAGGAAUUUAAAUUGCUUCAGUUCAAACAAAAAGUUUGAUAGUGAUAACCGUGCCCUUAAACAAGAUACUUAUCUCUUGGGUGAACAUAUUGAGGAAGAAGCUGAUGGAACUUCAAACUACCCUAAGAACUAUCACCUUGUUCAUGAGACUGCAGCAAUGGCAGCACUUCUUCUCCAAGGACAAGCCAUUGCCCCAAUGCAAUUAAUUGUGCGCAUUCCUCCUGAUUUGCUGUUUUGGCCACUAAUGCAAUUGGCUGGAGCAGCAACAGAUGAUAUUACAUUGGGUGUUGCUGUUGGAAGUAAGGGAAGAGGAAACCUGCCUGGUGCUGCAUCUGAUAUCCGGGCAACCCUUCUCCUACUUCUUAUUGGUAAAUGCACAGCAGAUCCUGUUGCUUUCAAGGCAGUUGGUAAAGAACAUUUUUUUAUGGAACUUUUGAAUGACAGAGAUUCAAGGGUGGCAUAUUAUUCUUCUGCUUUUCUUCUGAAGCGAAUGAUGACCGAGAGUCCUGAAAAAUAUCAACACAUGCUUCAGAAUCUUCUUUUUAAAGCUCAGCAGAGCAACAAUGAAAAACUGUUAGAGAAUCCUUACCUUCAAAUGUGUGGCAUACUUCAAUUGGCAAAUGAUCUUGGAUUUGACUUGUGAUGUUAAACUCAUGGCUUUUUGGGGUGCGAUAUUGGUUUGGAGUAGAUUCAUGUUGGUCUAAGGUGUCAUUGCAACUGAUUCUGAGGAUCAUUCAUCAUCUAUCCUUCAAAUGACCGAGAUUGCCACAUUAGCUGGGACAUAUUCUUUGAAAGCUUCCUUACAGGAACAAAAUUGUGAUUUAUUUCCAACAUGGUGGCCAGAGGGUCCAGGUGGACUCAAUGAGCUCUUCCGUGAAGAUUUUUGCACCAAAUGUUAUUGAUAUCACACUUGUAGAUCUCCCAGGCAUUCCAAAGGUUCCUGUUGGUUACCAGUCUUCUGAUAUUGAAGCGCGGAUUAAAAAAAAUGAUCAUGUCAUAUAUCAAAACUCCCACCUGUCUCAUCCUAACUGUAGUACGGGGUGAUUCAGAUUGGGCUAACUCAGAACCAAAUGCUCUUCAGAUGGCACGCAUUGCUGAUCCUGAUGGUGAUUUUUUGCUUCCUUCCAUGUGUCUCAAACUUUAAUCUUUUCACACCUCUCUAAUGGGUUGCUAAAUGUUCGUACAUCUGUUGCAGUUGGAUAUCUUGGAAAACCAAGCUAAAGAUGUUCGGGAUCUGUUGCUAGUAGGCAUGACAAUUCUCCUCGCAACUCGGGGAUCCCCGCAGGGACUGCCCCAUUCGGGGCCGUCGAUCGGGGAAAAAUUCCCUGCUGGGACGGGAAUCGGGAUGAAAAACCUCCCGCAGCUAAUUUGGUGACGAGGACGGGACUAUGCUCCCCGCCCCGUAGGGUUCCCAUAUCCCGUGAUAUUCGAAUGAACCGGAGUGUGAAGGAUGCACUUGCUUAUGAAGUUGAAUUUUUUCUCAGUCACCCUGUAUACAGCGGUCUAAGAGAUAGAUGUGGUCUUACUGAACUAGAAAAGAAGUUGAACCGGGCAGAGUCUUCAUGACACUGAAAACAUGAAUAGUCUUUUGUAAUAAAUUUUACUGUUUAUAGUGCAGAGUAAAAGUCCCCUUCGGUCUUCACACUUUUUCCUUCUUUACUUGACACUAUAUAUAUAGGUUUGUCCUUUAUACAGAGGCAAUCAAAGAUAUUGAAUAUAGGAUAGGAGCACUAGGGGAGCUUAGAA